CAACAACGAGGCUUUAUUUUCUGUGGCAGAACGACAGAAGACAGCCACAAAGGCUUCUGCAUAGAAUCAAGUCGCACGCAAAAGAAACAGGCCGGGAAGAGGCUACAAGGAGGUGUAGUCGAGAUUGAGCGUGAAGUGUUCUUUGCGAGUGCUGGCCCUCCAUACCGUCAUGGAUGAACAUCCAUCAGAUACUACACCGAAAGCGGUAGGGGUACCGGUUGUUGAAGCGCAAGUGGAACAAGCGGCUCAUGGCUCUGCCGCCAUCGCUGGCGCUGAUGUCAAUGUUUCUGCUGAUAUUGCUGCCGCAUCCAACGUGCCGCAUCCCGCUUUGGCCCGUGAUGCGCAGCCAGCAGACGCUGGCAUCGCCGACACCUUGGAUGGAAGCGUCACCUCUCUCUCUGCGUCUGCGCCGAUUGCGAUGGUAGGAAGCGGCUUGGUGACCGAUGAACUGAAUCAAAUGGCUUCUCUCUUGGCAUCAGGGUUGAAUGCCACGUCUGAUGCUACUGGCACCAGCGCGGCUGCUGAUGCAGCUGACGAUGAUGAUUAUGGGGAUGCAGAUGCCGAGGGAUCAGACAUGGACGAGGAUGAAGGCGAGGGGAUCGACCGCGUGCAAAGUUUGGACACCGCACAGACAUCACCUCUGCAAGUCGAUAAACCGCUAGAAGGGUCUGCAGCGGGCGCUUCAGCGUCAGAGAGCGCAGGAGCAGAUGCUCCAUCAGCAGCAACAAGAGCGGCAAAGGCAGUAGCUGCUGGGACUCCUUCCACCGCAUCCCAACCUUCCAAUCUGAAAGCGGUGGCCUCUGCAACUACCAAGAACAAGCACCAGAAACCACGCGUACGCUUCUUGGAUGACGAUGAGCAAGGCUUGCCGCCGAUCGACGAUACACCGAAAGCAGGAAAGAAGGGCAAAGGCAUUUGCAAGAGCGAUAGCGGUAGCAGCGAGAUUCCGGAAGCCCAGACGCAACAGCAGCAGCAGCCGAUAGGCAUACCGGCCGGUGUGCCGACACCUCAAGCAUCCGCUUCAUCUGUUGUUUCCGUAGCAUCUGCGCAAUUGCUUGGUAAAUUCCAGCAAUCAGCUACGGCAACGCCAUCGCCGGCGCUUCAGAAGGCCUCAUUUGCCGCGUUUCCGCUCACACAACUGACCCCAAUGUCAACGCCAACGCCAGCGCCAGCACCGGUACAGUCGCUCGCGGAGCGAAUAGCCCUUCUUCGCUCGCGCGUCGAAAAGGAUGGGCGCGAUGGAGAGGCAUGGCUGAACCUCGUUGAGGCCGUGCAAGGGAAGGAUGGCAGCGGCACCGAUGGAGAUGACGUCUUGCAAGAGUCGAAGCAAGCCUUCGAGGACAUGCUACAUGUCUUUCCAUACGCGGUAAAGCAAUGGAUCGCAUACAUUGACAUCCUUCUAGCCCACUCCGACUUUAAAGGCGUUGAGGUGCUGUUUGCGCGCUGCCUGCGUGGCAUCUCGUCCGUCUCGGUGGACUUGUGGCGCUCCUACCUUUCGUACACAAGGCGCGUCAACCCCAUUCCCCCUUUCAAUCCCACAGCGAGGGAGGAGUACGAUCGCUCGCGAAAGGUCGUGCAAGACGCGUAUGAGUUCGCGCUCAACAACAUCGGCGGCGAACGAGAGGCUGGACCAAUCUGGCAAGAGUUCAUUGCUUUCCUCAAGGAGCGCAAAACCGGCGCUGCCGUCGGGGUCGCGGCGCAGCCGGGUAGCCAAGCACAGUGGGAGGAAGGGCAGAAGAUGGAUGCCAUUCGGAACGCGUUCCAGAGGGCUGUUACACAGCCGACCAACGAGAUUGAGAGGCUGUGGAGGGAGUACGACGCAUUCGAGAAUAGCAUGAAUCGCACAACGGCAAAGCGAUUCCUCGCCGAGCGAUCGGCCGCGUACAUGACUGCACGGGGUGCGCAGCGCGAGAUGGCCUCCAUCUUAGAUAGCCUCCCCAAGCCGCUUCUGCCCCGUGUUCCCGCUUGGGUUUCAAUGUCCGAUGCUGGCACUCCAGGACGGACUUCCACGUCGUGGGCGCAGAUUCAACGGGAGAGAGCUGCUGUCGACGGGUGGAAGAGAUAUCUAGCCUGGGAGGAGAAGAAUCCACUCAUGCUGGAAGACAAGGCAGCUCUGCAGGCACGUCAGAUCGCUGCUUGCCGCAAGGCUGUUAUGCACAUGCAGUUCUGUCCUGAAAUUUGGUACGUGGCUUACGUCCAGAAUGACAGCGUCGGCCAGACCAGCGAAGCUACUGCAUGGCUCGAAAAAGGAUUGGAAUCUUGCCCGGGUAGCUUCCUUCUCUCCUUUGCUCUCAUCGAUCAUCAUGAAAGAAACAAACAGACCAGCGCCUGCGGCCCCAUCUUCGACAACCUCAUCGAGCAUGCUCAACAGCGUAUUGAGACACGGCGUAAGGAAGCCGAUGUCCUCCUUGCAGGCAUCGAUGCCGAAACGGAAGCCGCGCAGAACGCUGUCAAGGCGCGCAAGGUGGCUCAAGGUGCGGGCGAAGAGCUCGAAGGAGAGGAAAAGGAGCUACUCCGAAAGCAGGAUGAGGGGCGGCAAGAAAAGAAGAAAGCGAUCGAGGCCCAGGUGUCAGAGGAUAUUGAAAAGAUGAAGGAAGAAGCUUCACUGAUCUGGAUCAAGCAAAUGCAGUUCCUUCGACGCACAGAGGGUAUCCGUCCUACUCGAAUUUGCUUUGGCAAAGCGCGCAAAUCUUCAAAUUGCACCUGGCAGGUCUACGAAGCGAGUGCCAUGAUCGAGUACCACUGCUCGAAAGACACGCGCGUUGCUACCAAUGUGUUCGAGCUGGCGGUCAAGACAUUCGGCACGAACGAAAUGUUGAUUGUUCGCUACCUCGACUUUCUGCUGAGAAUCAACGAUGAAAACAACGCGCGUGCGCUUUUCGAGCGCGUCAUCACUACGCUGCCACCGGAGAAAGCGCGUCCUGUGUGGGACAGGUGGGCAGAAUACGAAUACAACUUUGGUGAUCUGGCAGCUAUCACGCGUUUGGAGUAUCGAUUGCAGGAGAUAUUCCCAGAGAAACCAAGAAUCGAGCGGCUCACCGAGCGUAGCUGCUACGGCGACCUGGAGGUUAUCAGCAUCCGUGACCUUGGUUUAUUUCCGACGGAGAGCUCUUCCCCGACAACAACAUCGACCGUUUUCGAAGUGGCUGAACUCAAGGAUCAAGCUAACACGGAUAGCAAUUUGCAAGCGGAUGAACAAGAUGCUGCAUCAGGGGGAAAGAAACGGCGAAUACCUGGUGGCACCGUUGGGGAUACCGUGGACAACGGCGGCCGCGGGGCGUCCCCAGGCCCGGGAGCGGUGCUGACAGGCCCUGUGAAGCGUCUCAAGGCGAACGGCGUCUCUGGUGAAGUGCGCACAAAGACAAGUCCUGAUGUCCCGCCGGGUAUUAGAUUCUUCUUGAGCAUGCUCCCCAUGAAGGCUGCCUUUGAUGGCCCCAUUAUGCCAGCGGACGAGCUUAUCAAUGCUUUACGAGGUGCUAACCUGCCUGCGAUGGUGCCCCAAUCUAUAGCAGGGCCAGGUGGGUUUGUCGGCACUUCGGGCAUGCCUGCAGGGCCUGGAGUUAUCGCCCCUGGCAUGAUGCCGCAGAUGAUGGGCCCAAGCACUGUGCCUGUCAACAUGAUGGGGCAGCCGCAGCACGUGCCAGCGCAAGCGCAGCAACAACAGCAACGAUCAAUGCGUGGACGUGGACGAAUGCGCAAGCGAUGAUGCAAGGACGGGUUCUCGUGGCGAGUGGGGCUGCAGUCGCUUUAUGUAAUUUGGUGGAUGGCAACCGCAAGGAGCUCUUCAAUACAAUCUUGCAACUCGAUCCGAGCCCUGUACUCACGUCGCUAUGGAGACAACACUGGUCAGCAGUGAGGCAAACGCCUGUAGCGCCGUGAACGCGGCCGUUCAGCAGAAAUACGGUGACACAGACGCCCAGGCCCUGAAGUGGUGCGAUGCGAUGGGUUUGGUGUAUACUACACUGGUUUCGAAAUACACUUUAUG